AUGGUCCUAAAUCCAGUUCAGAACCCAAAUGGAUCAAAAGUCAAGAAGUUGGAUGACCUAGCGUCGGAGCUCGGAUCUGAUGCUGCCAGUAUUCGGGAGAACGAGGGCGAGGCGGCGAACUACGGCAUCUACUACGACGACACAGAGUAUGACUAUAUGCAACACAUGAGGGAUCUAGGAUCCGGCGGAGGUGGUGAUGUAGUAUUUGUCGAAUCCACAGCAACUCAGAACAAGGGAAAAGGCAAACAGAAGCAGUCGCUGGAGGAGGCGUUGCAACAGCUGGAGAUAGAGCAGAAGUCAGGCGAUCUGCUGGAUGAGGAGAUCCUCCCAUCCAAGAACCUGCAGCGACAAACUUAUCAGUCCCAACAAGAUGUGCCGGAUGCUAUCGCUGGAUUUCAGCCUGACAUGGACCCGCGUCUCCGAGAGGUCCUCGAGGCGUUAGAGGAUGAGGCGUAUGUGGACGAUGACGAAGAUAUUUUCCAGGCUCUAGCGAAGGAUGGGCAGGAACUCAAUGACCAUGAGUUUGAAGAUACCUAUUUCGACGACGACGAUGAUGGCUGGGAGUCGGACGACACUGCGAAACCGAUCAAAGAGUUCAAGGACGACGACGUACCAGACCUGGUGGAUACGUCAAGCCAACCUGCGGAAGGACCAUCACAAGACUGGUUGGAGGAUUUCAAAAAAUUCAAGAAGGACCAAAAAUCAGACAAAAAGCCGGUUGUGCCGGCUCGUUCAGAGAUGCAGUCCUCUAUAUGGACAACCACAACGAAUGGAGGCAGGCGCAAGAAGAGAAAGGGUGCCUUGACAAGCGAAUCCGGCUACUCCAUGACUUCAUCCUCGCUCGUAAGAACGGAGCAGAUGUCGAUCCUUGAUGCCAGAUUCGAUAAGAUCGAGGAAGAGUACCAGCCCGAUUUUGAUGAUGAAGGGUCCAUGAUUUCAGGUGUCUCGGGUAUUUCAGGUCUCUCUUCUAUGUCUAGUGUUCAAGGUCCACUUCGAUCGGACUUUGAUGGCAUCCUCGAUGAGUUCCUUGGAAACCACUCCGUAAAAGGCAAGAGACAUGUAAAGAGGGGCAAAGAUCAGACCGGAGUGCAAGAGCUAGAUGAGAUUCGAAGAGGACUUGGACCAGCAAGAAUCAGAUCCCGAAACGCUAGAUAA